AGAUAUUCUGCGAGCAUGUCGGGUCGUGGCAAAGGAGGCAAGGGGUUGGGGAAAGGUGGUGCUAAGCGCCACAGGAAGGUGCUGCGGGAUAACAUCCAGGGCAUUACCAAGCCGGCUAUCCGUCGCCUGGCUCGGCGCGGCGGCGUGAAGCGCAUCUCCGGCCUCAUUUACGAGGAGACCCGUGGGGUGCUCAAGGUUUUUCUAGAGAACGUGAUCCGUGACGCCGUCACCUACACGGAGCACGCCAAGCGCAAGACCGUCACCGCCAUGGAG